AAACACCGGACCUGUUAAUAUGAAUACUGUAGGAUAUUCAGUUCAAUCAAUCCAGCGUACAGAUGAGGCAUCUGUUCCAGGUAUCAGUAAGCAAACAAAGACAAUCCUGAAGAUUUCACUUGUUCUGCUCUUUUAUAUUAUAACCAACUAUAUAAAUGGAUUGCUCAUUGCAGUUUUUUUAAAUAUCAAAUAUUCCAUGAGAACUCACGCUAUAUUUUGUUUAUCCACCUGGUGUUCAAUGAUGUGUUGGAAAUUACUAUCACAACCAUCAUGCAUAUCUGGCGUGAGAUUGCUCUCAUUAUGCCAGUGUCAUUUUGCUAUCUUUUAAUGACAUUUGCAAUUGCUACAAACUAUAACACUCCUCUGAAUCUGGCCCUGAUGGCUCUUGAACGCUACAUUGCUAUCUGUAAACCACUGCAUCACCCAAACAUCUGCACAGUGCGCAGGACAUAUGUCAUCCUCAGCAUAAUGUGGCUGAUCAGUUAUCUUUCUCCAGCAUCAGACAUUAUAAUUACAAUUACUAUAGAACCUAUGAGCUUCUUCAGCACCAAUAUCAUAUGUGAGAAUGACAGUCUAAUUCGGACUUAUUCUCAGUCUGUUAAAAGAAACUAUCUAAGCAUUAUAUUUUUUGCAGUUGCUUGGCUCACAAUGGUGUACACAUACAUUAACAUUGUGACUGUAGCACAAUCAGCCAGUCGCUCUGAGAAAUCUUCUGCUAAGAAGGCCUACAAUACAGUCCUGCUGCAUGCCAUCCAGCUCACUCUGAGUUCACUCAUGUUCCUUGUUCCAAUUGUCAAUAAUGUUUGGUUACACUUUCAAAAUGUGGAGCUAGGCGAUGUACAAUAUUACACACAUAUAUUAAUAAUUUUGUUUCCACGUCUUUUAAGUCCUCUCAUUUAUGGAGUGAGAGAGGAAAACUUCAGAAAAUACUUGAAAGGAUAUGUGACUUGUGGUGCUAUUACAAAAGACCAAAACAGACAAUGCCAAAGAAUAAAGUAG